AUGUCUCAAAAUACCCUCUUUCUCAUGUUGCAGCUGGCACUUGCCUCUCUGGCAACGGCCGCCCCAGUCAAGGCUCAGUCCAACAGCUGGCAGUAUGGCACCGGUGGUGGAAUCAUUGGGCUGAUUGUCUUCAUCCUCGACAUCAUCGUCUUUGUUGAGGUUGUUCAAUCGACAAGACCUGUUUCCCACAAGCUCCUCUGGAGUCUGCUGGUCUUCCUAUUUCCCAUCGGCGGUAUUAUCAUCUACGCGCUCUUCUCCAAUCGUGCUGCACAUAAGCCUAGUGGAGGCUACGAACCAAUUAGCAGCUGA